GUCACAGCGGCUGCGUAUUCUGUAAAACUCCCAUAUGCGUCUUUCUGUUGGAUGCUCCAGAAAUGCGUCAUUGGGUCAUUUCUUAUGCGAAGUGCUGCCUGCACAAUUAACGAUAUUAUUGACAGGAACGUGGACUCUGAGGUAGGUAAGGCCGUCUUCAACUUUCUUACUUGCAUAGCCAAUACUCAUUUCUUGCCGCCGUAUCACUGUACAGAGAGAACGAAAAAUAGGCCAAUUGCUUCAGGAAGGAUCUCUGUGUCGUCUGCAAUUGCAUUCUUUGCCGCGCAGGUACUAGCGAAUGCAUUGUUCUUUUCAACUCUGAAAAGUACUGCGUCUUGUCUAUAUCCGAUUCUCAAAAGGGUUACAUACUGGCCACAGGCGUGGCUAGGUGUUGCAAUUAAUUUCGGAUUCCUGGUGACUUGGCUUGAGAUUGUACAUGACUAUCAUUCUGCAACGUAUCCUGCAGUAGUGAUGAUGAUUGGGCUAUGGUGUUGGACACUACUGUAUGACACUGUGUAUGGCAGUCAAGAUCGUAUUGACGACAGAAAGGUUGGAAUCUGGUCAACUUCACUUCUAUUUGAAGGUAAAGUGAAGUUUAUAGUAUAUUGCCUUGCUAUGUGCUUUCUCUGCAUACUUUCAUUGUUUGGCAUUGUCAACAACCAUGGACUUCCGUACUUUGCAAUUUCUGUUGGUGGGACAGCUGCAUAUAUAAUUCGGAUAACAUUUGUCCUCAAUGAAACGUCACCAAAAAGUUGCUGG